AUGGCUGCUCAACCUAGUAGUAAAAGAAUCAAGACAUUAUCUGUCUGUAGACCUAUUAUAUAUGGCAAUACUGCCAAGAAAUUAGGUUUAAAUAGACCAAAUAACGCACCAGCAGAGCAUACUCAUCUAUGGACAAUAUUUGUUAGAGAUCCAAGAGGCGAGGAUAUCUCGUAUUAUAUCAAAAAAGUUGUCUUUAAAUUACAUGAAACAUAUCCUAACCAUACAAGAGUUAUCGAAGCUCCUCCUUUUGAAUUGACAGAGACUGGAUGGGGUGAAUUUGAUGUGCAUAUUAAGAUCCAUUUUAUUGACGAAGCAAAUGAAAAAAUGUUAAAUCUGUAUCAUCGAUUAAGGUUACACCCAUAUGAUAAUCAACCAAUAUCAGAUAGUGUGGAGAUUAAUGAAGCUGGAGAGACUAUUAUAAAAUCAGUUUUCUUUGAUGAAAUUGUGUUUAAUGAACCUCAUGAAAACUUCUUUCAAAUCUUGAUGUCGAGACCUGGUAACUUAUUACCUUCAAAUAAAACUAAAGAUAAUGUAUUUUCUAAACAACUGGAACAAGAAGAAAUAUAUCGAAUCAGAAAAGGCAUUGCUGAAAUUGAUAAACAAAUAGUUGAAUUACAAGACAAAAUAAAGGAAAGAAUGGGUUCAAGUUAA